GUUGCCGUGAAGAUCAAAAAAAAAAAAUUUCUACACUUCUCAUUUACUUCAUAUUCAAAUUUCCUUUCAUUUUACUAAAUCAAUCAACUACAUUGCCAUCUUCUCCUUCAUUACUUGUUCAUUAUCAUUCUCAUUUAAGAAUAUGGAUCAUUAUCCCGUUAUAGUCUAUUGAGGUGGGGAAGUAAGUUAUACGGGAUCCGAUGUUGUGUAUAACGGAGGAUUGAAUGCAGUGAUGUUUAUCCAUCGUCAGAAUACUACUUUUGAGGUAUUUCGUAGCAAAGUCAAUGAUAUAAUUGGUUGUGAUCGCAACUCUUUUAUGUUAAAAAUGGAGAUGAAAUAUCCGGUGGCUGGGAAAAUUGUGUUAUUCUCGGUCAAGAAUGACGAAAGCAUAAGUGCUCUUGCUUAUGCAGUAUCACAAGCUCUAGGAACGGCAAUGCUGAUUUAUGUAGAAAUGGUUGCAAAUUUCGGUAAUGCGAGGGAAGUCAUGACUAGCAUGGAACUUCCAGAAUUAGGUCCUAGUGUACGCCAUGAUACAUUCGCAGAAAUUUUAACAAACCCAAAUUACAUUAGUGAGCACUUAAAUGAGAUUACUUCUCCAACUCACUCACAUGCCAUUGGUUGUGGUGUAUUGAACACCUUCUCCAUGACUCACUUAGGUAGGCGUAUUGCCAACGAGGUUGACUCUUUAUCUCAGGAGGAUGAUCAUAUUGAUUCUGAUUCAGAGCAGGAUGAUGAAAAAAGAGAAUCUCUAGACGCAGCGAUUAGAGAUGCUGCUCCAUCUCAAGACUGGCUUAGAAUUAAUGAGAUUGAUCAAAGAUUGAUUGAUGUGUAAAUGACCUAGAAUAAUGACAACUCCAUGACUGAAAAUGGUGACUUUAGGAUAGGGCAAGAGUUUAGCUCCUUAGACCACCUUAAGAAGGAUGUUAAAGCAUGGGCGAUAUCUAAUAAUAGAAACUUCCGUGUAAUUGAGUCGGAGCCUUCAAAGUACGUUAUCCAAUGUAUUAAUGCCGAGGAUAAAGGUUGUGAAUGGAGGAUGCGAGCUAUUAUGACCGCCACGGGAUCAUUUAAGAUUGUGCGAUAUAAGAGUCAUAAUCAAGAUUGCUCAGCACAUUACAGUGACGACCAUCCCCUCCUUGCUUCUGAUUUUGUUGCUAAUCUUAUCGUGGAUAUGAUAAGAGUUGAUCCAACUUUCAAGGUGAAGUCAAUUGUUAAUUUUGUUAACAAUAAAUACGGAUUCGUUAUAACAUAUAAGAGAGCUUGGUUGGCGAAAAAUAAGGCUAUAAAAAAGUCUUUGGGGAUUGGGAUAAGUCUUUUGAUGAGCUUCCAAGGUACCUGCAGGCAUUAAUGCAAUCUAAUGCAGGAACAGUGGUGCAAUAGGAAGUUCAACCAACAAUGGAUCCUACGAAAGUUAUUUUUCAGAGAAUUUUUUGGGCUUUCGAACCAUCCAUUAAGGGUUUUCCCCACUGUCGUCCUCUUAUCACUACAUUAGUGGAGAGGUGGAGGUCGGAGACUCAUACCUUCCACCUCACGGUUGGCGAGGCAACGACCACAUUGUAAGAUGUGGUAGUUAUAAUGGGACUGCCCAUUGAAGGACAAGUAAUAAUAGGUCAUGGAGAGGGAAAUUGGCUAGCCUUAGUUCAAGAGCUACUAGGGGUUUGGCCAGAAAGCCUCAAGACCCCACAGAGCCGAAGAUCAUCAUUGGAUCCUCAUUGAAGUUAACUUGGCUUAGAGAGCAUUUCAGCGUGCUAGAGGAUGACGCGGAUGAUAUUAUAGUGGAGAGACAUGCGCGAGCGUACAUUUUGUACCUGUUUGGAUGCAUGUAACACCCCGAUAUUUUCCCGAUAUUUUCUUCCCGAUAUAUUUAAUAAUUCACUAGUAAUAUUAUUUCUAUAUAUAUAUUUUAUUUAUUAUUGGGCUUGGUCAUGAGAUUUGCAAUCCUUUUUGGCAAUUAGAAUUAUUUGGGCCCAAACUUUUCCUUAACCCAUCUUUUCUUUUCAAAAAAAAAAAAAAAGAAAAUAGGAGGGACUCUUGGUGGAGCUUGUAACUCCCUUAGGGUAAUGAAGGAUCAAGGCAUUAAUCCCAUAUAAUUAACCCUUCUUAAUUCCUAAAUUAUUUUCAUAUUGACAUCCUUUCAAAAUUCCUCCUAAUUCACAUUCCUAACUCCAUCACACUUCAUCAUUUGGUGUUUUCCUUUACAAUUGUAAGUGUAAUUCUUAAUCUAUGUUGAAUCUUAAGUUUUAAUUUAAAAUUCUAUGAUUAUUAUA